AUGUCUGAUGGAAACAAUGAUGAUCCGGUGCAAACAAGCACCGAACAAAUGAAAGAGAUAAGUGCCGAAGAAGUAGGGAAGGCAAUUGAAGGUAGUCUAUCCGGGUUUAUAGACAAAAUUCAAAGCUCGGUGUUGUCGCUUGUCGAAGAGCGAGUUAAAAGGUUGGAGGAUAGUGUCAACCUUAUGAAAGAUAAAACGGGAGAACGUAAAGGGUGCUCAUAUAAAGAAUUUAUGGCGUGCAAACCGCCAAUCUAUAACGGGGAAGUUGACCCGAUAAUCUGCCAAAGAUGGAUAAGUGACGUCGAAGGAGUGUUUGAACAAACCCACUGUGACGUAGGUGACUUUGUUGCUUACGGAACGGGUCAAUUGAGGGGUCAAGCCAAAGAUUGGUGGGACAAUAAAAAGAAGGAAAUAGGAGCCGAAGCAGCGAGGGUUAUGACUUGGGAUGAGUUUAAGGUGUCGUUCCUUAAACACCAUAGUCCCAAAGCGGUUAUCAACAGGAUUAAGGAAGAAUUCAUCCAGUUAAGACAAAAGGGUGAAACAAUUGAUAAGAUCACAGGCAUCUUCAUGGAUAAGCUGAGAUUUUGUGACGAGUUAGUCACCACUGAAGAGCAAAAGAUAUAUUACUAUUACAACAUGCUGAGUGCUGAAUACCGGGAGUUUAUGACUCCCUCAAAAUAUGAAACUCUCACUAAAAUCAUCAACACCGCCCGGGAGCGGGAAAUUGAGUUAAAGAAACAAGUUGAAAGGGGUGAGAGAAGGGCACAGGAUGUAAAUCCAAGCCCUACGAAAAAGGCACGCACGACUGACUCAUCGAAGAAGCAAGAGGGAAAGAGCAGUACGCCAAGUUGUAAAGUAUGCGGGAAAGGGCACAAGGGUGAGUGCCGGUUUAAGGACAAGCCGUGUCCUAAAUGUGGGAAGACCGGGCACACGGCUGCGUUAUGCCCGGGGAAAGUGUCGGUGUGUUACAAAUGUUAUCAGCCGGGUCACAAGAAAUCUGAGUGCCCGGAGUUGAUCGGAAAGAAAGAUGACAAGAACACGCCUACUGAGACACCAAAAGCAAAAGCAAGAUCCUUCCAGUUAACAGCAGUGGAGGCGAAAACGGAGCCCGAUGUGGUCUCAGAGGUAGAAAUAGGUGAUAACAAAAGUUUCCUUGUGUGUGAUAUAUGUCGAGAUUGCAAGAUAAGCAUUGACGAUGAGGAAUAUCCAAUAGACUUGAUUCCUAUGUCAAUGGGAGAAUUCCAAGUAGUGGUCGGGAUGGAUUGGCUAUCCCGACACCAUGCGAAAGUCGUAUGUUUCCGCAAGGAGAUAAAAUUAACAUCUCCAAGUGGGAAAUCGGUUACCAUACAUGGCGAGAAAGAGGGUAAACCUGUUAUGUGCUCAAUGAUAAAAGCUUACAAGCUCAUGAGGCACGGUUGUAGGGCAUUCAUGAUAUACGCAAACGAACCAGAUAAAGGAUCACUAAGGAUUGAAGAUGUACCGGUGGUACGCAAAUAUGCCGACGUGUUUCCGGAAGAUCUACCGGGGAUGCCGCCAGAACGGGAGGUGGAGUUUGGAAUCGAAUUGAUUCCGGGCACGAAAUCCGUAGCCAAGGCGCCGUAUCGGCUUGCACCUUCAGAAUUGCAAGAAUUAAUGUCACAAAUUCAAGACCUCCUCGACAAAGGGUUCAUUCGCCCAAGUAAGGAAUUAAAUAUGAGACAGAGGCGGUGGUUAGAGACUGUCAAUGACUUUGAUUGUGAUAUACAUUACCACCCCGGGAAGGCUAAUGUGGUGGCGGACGCAUUGAGCUGA